AUGGAAAACCCAGGCGUCGUCGUUAUCGGGCCUCGCAAGUCCAAGAUUAUAGACACACCCAUGCCCAAAAUCACCGGUCCAAAUGAAGCGAUCGUCAGAAUCAAGUUUGGAGGAGUCUGUGGAAGUGAUGUUCACUUUUGGGCUGAUUGUGCCAUCGAUGGUAAUCUAGUGUCUGAAGAGAAAUACCUUCCACUUGGACACGAAGCCUCUGGUAUCGAUGUUUUUAUCUCCUCAGAUGUGACUUCACUCAAGGUCGGCGACAACGUUGCCAUCGAACCUGCCAACCCCUGCCGAUCCUGUAUUCGAUGCCGCGAAGGGCUUUACAAUCUUUGCCCGUUCAUGAAAAACGCCGCCUCUGCAACAGAGUAUCCGGGAACGCUGACAAAGUUCUUCAAACUCCCCGCCGACUUCUGCUACGAGCUUCCAGAUUAUGUUAGCCUGGAGGAGGGGGUUCUAGCAGAGCCAUUGGCGGUUGCAGCACACUCGGUCCGCAUGAUUGGUAUCAAGCCGGGUCAAAGCCUGGUCAUCUAUGGUGCUGGUACUAUUGGACUAGUCUGUGGAGCUGUCGCAAAAGUCUUCGGUGCUCGCAAGCUUGUACUCGUUGAUAUUUUGGACAGCAAGCUCGAGUUCGCUAAGAAAUUUCUUAACUGUGAGACUUUCAAAACCUCUCCUGGAGCUGAUCCGGAGAGUGCAGCCGGUGAAAUUAUUGAGACUUUUAAUCUUGGGCUAGAUGCAGAUGCCGUGAUUGAAGCAACGGGUGCUGCAUCAUCCACAAUGGGAUGUGUCUAUGUUGCCCGGAAAGGCGCCCACUUCGUACACAGCAAAGGAGACUACCGUGUUGCUAUGGAUAUUCUAGAAAAUCGUUUAGUUCCUGUCAAGGAGUUGAUUACAGCUAUGUACAACUUUGAAGAGAUUGAGUUGGCUUGGCAAGCUACCCUUUCAGGAAAAGAGAUCAAGAAUAUGGUCCAGGGAGUUUUGGACUAA